CAUUGCACAAAUGAAUAAUGACUUAUCUACAACAACCAAUUCAAGAAAUCGAAACAAUUCCAGAAGUUUCACCAGCGGAUACGGUUAUCGAAACAACGGAAUCACAUAAUUCGUGGAUAGAGGAAGUUGAGAUUGAUUUUGUCGCAAAAAUUAAGAAAAUAUUAUUCACCUUAUGGCGUAAGAUUAUUGAAAUUAGAAAUAGAAAUCUUAACGAAGAGAAUGUACCACAAAGUCAUCGUGAAGAUCAAAUUGAACGAGUCAGAUUAUAUCACGUUUGGCCAGGAAAAAAUGUAUUUUAUUUCAAAGGAUUACUGAUAUGUGGGCCGGAUCCAAGACGGUUGCUAUUAACUACAGUUUCUAUUAGUCUAUCAAGUUUGGUUUUUAUUGUUUAUGUUACAAAGGAUGUACCAAAAAUCAGUUUAUGUGUGUUAUUGACCUUAAUUGUUUUCGCCAACUUAUUGAUGGUUAGUGUGAUUGAUCCUGGAAUUAUUCCUCGAAAUAAUGAAUUACCAUCUCCUGAAUCGACUCAAAAUGGGAGAGUAAGAAGCAAAAGAGUGUUCAUAAAUGGUUCGAAAUUGAAAUUAAAAUAUUGCCGAAUUUGUAGGAUAUAUCGUCCGGCUAGGAGUUGCCAUUGCAUUGUGUGUGACAAUUGUGUCGAUAAAUUUGACCAUCAUUGCCCUUGGAUUGGUCAAUGCAUCGGACUGAGGAAUUAUCGACUUUAUGUGUUGCUAUUGGUUAUUGCAAAUGUUUACUUUGUCUACAUAUUUGUUUUUUCAUGUCUAAAGAUUCAACAAAAAAAUGGUGGCAAUGGUUUGAUUGGUUUGGUGAGAGAUUGCCCUGAGACAUUGGUGUUGGCAUGUUUUAGUUUUGUUGGUGCAUGUUUUGUUGGUGGAUUGGCUUGUUAUCAUUUCUAUCUCAUUGCUACAAAUCAGACAGCUUAUGAGAAUUUUAGGCAGCAGUAUGGAAGCACUAAAAAUCCUUUUGAUAAAGGAUUUGUGACUAAUAUUAAGGAGGUUUUAUUUUCACCUUGGACACAUUCAAGGAUCAAUUUUCGUUCUGAAAUGUAGUAGCUUUCCUCAUUUUGAACAUGUCAAACAACCUUCAUAUAUAUAUAGUUUGUAUAAUAUUGUCAUUUA